AUGGCGCGCACGAAGCAGACAGCGCGAAAGUCCACCGGCGGGAAAGCGCCCCGCAAGCAGCUGGCUACCAAGGCGGCCCGCAAGAGCGCCCCAGCCACGGGUGGUGUGAAGAAGCCGCAUCGCUACCGGCCCGGCACCGUGGCUCUCCGUGAGAUCCGGCGCUACCAGAAGUCGACAGAGCUGCUGAUCCGCAAGCUGCCCUUCCAGCGCCUGGUGCGUGAGAUCGCACAGGACUUCAAGACCGACCUGCGCUUCCAGAGCUCGGCCGUGAUGGCUCUGCAGGAGGCGAGCGAGGCCUACCUGGUGGGGCUGUUCGAGGAUACCAACCUGUGUGCUAUCCAUGCCAAGCGUGUUACUAUCAUGCCCAAGGACAUCCAGCUUGCCCGCCGCAUCCGUGGCGAGGGCGCGGGAAAACCAGGACGGGUGCAGAUGGCGGUCACACUACGCUUCAGAGCCUACCUCUUCUUUCCAAGGCAGAGCCCCCGGAGUGAAGCACUACCAUUGCCCCGCUAUUGUUCCUAG